UACAUGUCAUGGAAGACGAAGAGGAUGCCACUCAGCUUGCACACCAGAUUUCAGCUGUGGACGAUGAUUCGGACGUCAACAGUCAGCUGACAUACACUUUAGAGGACGCAAAUGGAGAUGACUUUGAGCUCACAUCCAACGGCUCUCUCCACAUUUCACCUCGACUUGAUAGAGAGAGGCAAUCGUCCUACACUCUGAGCAUCAUUGCAGUUGAUUCAGGUUCACCUCCUCUCACCGGCACGAUGACGGUUCACAUCAUGGUGGAUGACGUCAACGACAACUCUCCGCAGUUCAGCGAGGAGGUCUUCAACACCAUCGUAUCAGAGGACAGUCCACCAGGAACUGCCUUUGCAAUGAUAACAGCCUCUGACAUGGAUGAGGGAACCAACGGAGACGUAAGGCACGGUGGCCUGUGCCGUCCGAGCGACCGAUCGAGACGCGGAAAUAAAUGCCGACCUUCAUUACUCGCUGUACGGACACAGUUCCGAUCUGUUCACCAUUGAUCGAAACAGCGGCACUGUGUACGCAUCAUCUUCUCUAGCUGGACAUGAUGGCAUGUCUCUCAACAUCCAUGUGGAGGAUGCUGGAGAAAACCCCAAAUUUGAUGCUACUACCAUCAGAAUACAACUGAGGAAUGAAUCACAUUUCCCAUUCGUGGACGUGGAUGUGUUGAUGCGGUCUCCUUUUGAGAACGAACCAGUUGGAACCAUUGUAGCUGUAGUUUCUGCGGGAAGCUUCAGAGCUGAACCGGUUUCCUUUCAUGUUGCCAAUGGGAACCACGAAGACCAGUUUUAUGUGGACCCGCUCGAUGGAACUUUGACCGUGGCGAACCCUCUAGAUUUUGAAGCUAAAAAGGAAAUCACGCUCCUCAUUGAAGCCAGGGAUUCUGGCCUCCCACCGUUUUCCUCGUAUGCAGAAAUCCACAUCAAUAUCAGCGACGUGAACGACAACGUCCCCCACUUCACUCAAGCUGAGUACAGAUGUGAGGUUUUGGAGAAUCUCCCUCCGUCCUGGGUGUGUGAUGUCCUCGCCAUUGAUGCUGAUUCCAUCAGCUAUGCGGCUGUGCUGUACAACAUCACAGGCGGAAACACUGACAACUCCUUCAUCCUGGAUCCUGAAAGUGGAAUGUUAAGCACAUCUCGUAGUUUAGACCGGGAGUACAUCGCUGUGUACAGUCUGACAGUGGAAGCUGUGGAGCUAGAUAAUCCUGCUCAUAAAGACAAUGCAAGCAUCAUCGUUGUUGUUUUAGACAUGAAUGACAACGCACCUCUCUUCGCUCAAGUGCGUCUGACAGCCGACGUCCCUGAAGAUUGCCCUGUUGGCCACUCCGUCUUACAAAUCACCUCCACUGAUGAAGACGUGGGGGCCAAUGCUGCAAUAUUCUACUCCAUUUCCGACCUUGACAGUGACGUGCCUUUUGAUAUUAACUCAACAUCCGGAUACGUUAUGGUUAAAAGGCCUCUUGAUAGAGAGAUGCAAGCCUUGUAUAUUGCGAGAGUAAUUGCAAACGACUCUCAAUGGAGCGUCAGCGCAGUCGU